AUCAUUUAAAAUAAAGAGCAGAACUUCUAAGAAAACCACGAAGCGUCGUCGUGACGUGUUUGAAAGCACGCAAAGUGAAGUUUGGCGCAGAUGAAAAGAGUUUCGCUGUUUCCUGUUCGUCAGUUGGUGCUGCGGAUCCGCUGAGACUCUGCGCCCGAAAACGGCGGCGACGCUCUGCGCCCAAAUGGAGAAUGGGAAGAGCCGGCUGCAGCAGGCCCAGCAGGACGUGGAGGAGGUGAAGGUCAUCAUGCUGGACAACAUCAACAAGGCUGAUGAGAGGUCUGGCAAACUGGGCGAGCUGGAGAACCGAGCCGACGAGCUGCUGCAGAAAAGUAAAACCUUCGAAAGGACCGCUGUGAAGGUCAAGCAAAAGAAGAGAUGGGAGAACAAGAAGGUAAAAAUUGUGCUGAUCAUCGCAGGAGCAUCUUUGGCCAUCGUUCUUGUUGCACUUAUAAUCUACGGCAUCGUAUCCAGCGUCCAAGGACAGUAGCUCCUCUGUUUAAUGAAAGAGACCAUCGGGACUGAAGGACAUGAUGUGGACGAAGGUAAAUGCUCCAGGAGAUAAGUGUGAGCUGUGGGAUCGAAAUGGAGAAGCUGCUGAGCAUCUUGCCUGAACUGCUCAUUGCGUGACAUUGUGUGUGUAUAAUAGUGCAGAUCUUCAGUAAGGUACCAUAGAUACAUCUGCUGCUGCAUUUAAGCCAUGUUGUUUUGUUUUUUUUAAAGCCAACUGAUUGAAGGGAUGCACCACUUCACACACAAAGCUAUGCAGUGUUUUCUGUCAUUGUUGUACUGUUCAAAAAAUGUUCAGUCCUAAAUGUUUUUGGGGGAGCAACUACUGUGUAAAACCUGAUUAUUAGAUCUAUGAAUUGAACUCCUUCCUGAUUGGUUGCAGAUUCUUUUGUCGGACAUUGAGCUUGUUUCUGUGAUAUUUUCGUUUGCCAUCUUGUGUAAGGAAUGCCACAAUUUUGGGUGUAUUUGGUUGAAAAUUGAUUUAUCGUGAAUUGAAUUCAGUAGCCUUCAUCUUACGAUGUAUCAAUUAGAUGAGUGAUUUUGAUAACUGUAAUCUUGAAAUUUAAUAUUUAGGCACUAUAAAAAAAAAAAAUCAGUUUAUCAUCCCCGGCUGCAUGCCGAAAUCGGCCCGCAUCAAUUUUUUGGCAAAUUUCAUU